AUGAAUAGUAACAAAAUAAGGGUAUCUAUUACCCUCAAGAAAGGGAUUGGCUUACACGAUGGUUCUUUGAUUAAAAUCGUAGAUGUAACAGAAUUUUCUUCAACAAAUAUUCUUCUUAAAAUGAGGCAUGAAUCCACUAUUCUCACACUCAUUACGCAUUUAUUGCUCUCCCCUUCCUUCUUCCUCCCUUUUCUUCCAUUGAUCAUGGACACUCAAGACCCUAACCUGCCACCAAAAACAACCCCAAUGACCCGUCUAAACGCCUACGUCGCAACUACCCGUAUUGGUAAACGGUUCAAACUCACUCAACGUAAAACUACCUUCACAACCGAGCUACGGGCCGGAACCGCCACUUUCCUUACUAUGGCUUACAUCUUAGCCGUCAACGCUUCCAUCUUAUCUGAUUCCGGCGGCCCAUGCUCUGUUUCGGAUUGUAUUCCACUCUGCUCCGACCCGAAUUUCCCUACUUCAAACUGUUCGGGUCCUAACCGCCAUAUCAUACUCCCCGACGAGUCGUGUAAGUUUGACCCGGUUAACCCGGGUUACACUUCUUGCUUAGCGACGAUCCGAAAAGAUUUGAUCAUAGCUACAAUAGUUUCCUCAUUAAUAGGAUGUUUUGUUAUGGGUAUCUUCGCGAAUUUACCCUUCGCAUUAGCCCCGGGAAUGGGGGCUAACGCUUAUUUUGCCUAUAAUGUAGUUGGUUUUCAUGGGUCCGGAAAUAUUUCUUACGAAACUGCCCUUACUGCUGUUUUUGUAGAAGGAUUGAUAUUCUUCAUAAUUUCUGCUAUUGGAAUUCGAGCGAAGUUUGCUAAAUUUGUACCAAAACCCGUAAGAAUGUCAUCCGGGGCAGGAAUCGGGCUAUUCCUAGCAUUCAUCGGGCUACAAAAUAGUCAAGGAAUCGGGUUGAUUGGCUACAGUGGGUCAACUCUGUUAUCACUCGGUGGAUGUCCGAGUUCAUCCCGAGUCUCACUCGCUCCAAUUCAAACUUUCCAAAACGGCACCGUUUCAAUCAUACCAGGAGGAAAAUUUUCCGACGCCAUUUACUGCCUUAAUAAUCGUAUGGAGAGUCCAACAUUAUGGUUAGGAAUAGUUGGGUUUGUUAUAAUUGCAUAUUGCUUAGUGAAAAACAUCAAAGGAUCAAUGAUAUACGGCAUCGUUUUUGUCACCGCCGUUUCAUGGUUUCGAAACACCAAAGUUACGGCGUUUCCCGACACCGACGCCGGAAACGCUGCGUACCGGUACUUCCAAAAUGUAAUUGAUAUUCACACCAUUAAAAAGACGGCGGGGGCACUUAGUUUCAAGGGAGUUACUAAAAGGCACUUUUGGAUAGCAUUAGUGACAUUUUUUUACGUCGAUAUUUUGGAUACAACAGGGACGCUUUCAUCAAUGGCUCGAUUCGCCGGUUUUAUGGAUCAAACCGGCGAAUUUGAAGGCCAAUACGCGGCGUUUAUGAGCGACGCUUUUUCAAUCAUUAUUGGGUCGCUUUUGGGAACGUCACCUGUAACGGUGUUUUUAGAAUCGUCAACUGGUAUACGUGAAGGAGGAAGAACAGGAUUAGCGGCGUUAACGGCAGGUUGUUAUUUUUUCCUGGCGUUUUUCUUUACGCCUUUACUAGCGUCGAUUCCAGCAUGGGCUGUCGGACCACCGUUGAUUUUAGUUGGGGUUUUGAUGAUGAAAUCAGUGGUUGAUAUUAAUUGGGAUGAUACGAGAGAAGCAAUUCCUGCUUUUGUGACAUUUAUUUUGACACCUUUUACUUAUUCCAUUGCUUAUGGGUUAAUUGGAGGAAUUGGGACAUAUAUUGUGUUAAAUCUUUGGGAUUGGAUUAGGGAUUUUUUAAUCAAAUUUGGAUUAGUUGAAGGAAAACAACCAAACUAUGGUGAAAAUGAGAUUAAUGGGGUAAUUAGUAAUGGUAAUCAUGAUGGUAUUAAAGUUGAUGAAAGCAUCAAACCUCUUGAAGUAUAGUAAUUGCUAAUCUUGUUUUUUUUAUAAUUAGAAUACGAUUGUUUUUUAAUUUUUUGUUUAGAUUUAUAUUACAUUAUUUGUUAGUGUAAUACUGUUUUUUUUUUUUAAAGUGGGUAAAGGGAAUUAAGGGAAUUGAUGAUGAAUUAGAUUCAUAUUGAUGUACAAAUUUUUUGUUAUAAAGUAAAGCCAAGGAACUUUCCUAAUGGUAUAUUCUCUUUUAGCUUGUUUUUCUUUAUUCCAUUCAGUUCCUUGAUUCACUUGACUAUGAUGAUUAUGUGGUUUAUUUUUCUUCUAUUUA